UUUUGCGCAUGCGUAUAGUUUACUCAAGGAACCUGACCAAGGCUUCGUAUUGAAGUAAUCGUCGGCCAUUAUUAUGGCCUAAGUGAAUGUUCAAGUUAAAAAAUAAAUACGACCGAUUUCGUCCGAAAAUGUCUUCAUACCGGUGCUAUGUAGAUAUCUUAAUCGUGCAUGUAAUUCUUUUGAAGCAGAUUCUGUGAUAUGUGCAAUGGCCAGGGUAAAGAAAGAUUGCUAAAUUAAUAAAAGGUUAGUGAUUUCCAUGUCUUCGAGUAAAGGAGUCCACCUGGAAGUAAAAGCCGGCUGUUAACAGUUGUACAAAGAUCUUUCAUUUAGCCUUGCAUUUUGGAGAAGUCCAGCAUUUUUGUUUAGAACCAAAAGUUUCUGCUAACAUCUUGAGCAUUUACCUGUUUCCUUCACAAUGCAGCAGCAAGUAAUGAAACGCAAUGCGCCAUCAGAAUUGGGCUGGGGCAGUGGAGAAGGAGGAGGUUGGGGCCAGCAAACUUCUGCUCCAGGCAGUGGAUCAUGGACAUCCACCGCCAACCAAGACAGUUCAGCUACUGCAUCUACAUGGCAACCAAUGGGCAAAUCCGACAGUGCUUCAGAUGCAGGGGAUGACUCUUCCUCUGUCAAGCCUGGAUCUGCUAUCACAAGCAUGAGCAAUAUGACAUCACAAGAAAAUUCCACAAAUAAUUCUUCUGCACUUCAGUCCAAUUCUUCUAGUCUUUGGAGUGCCAGCAAUCAAACACUCACGGGCAUGGAUUCCAGCCCAUGGGGAAACAGUGGUUCAUCUGCUGCAUCUAGCAUGUGGUCAAUUCCCUCAAGUCUUUCUUUCUCUACUAAUCCAGGCCAUAAUAAUGGUUUGCAGGGAACUAUGAUGAAUAAUUCAUCAGCAUUUAAUUCCAGUGGAACUGGUUCUUCUGGCUGGCCUUCAAGUAUGGCAAAUAACAGUUUAACAAAUACAUCUAAUCUACCUCCAAAUUUAGGUGGUAGUGGAACUGGCAAUGGUAGCAGUAGCAUUUCAUCUCAUUGGUCAGGCAGCUCAAUGCUAGGCACUAUUGGUGAUUUUUCCAAGACUGAAUGGAAUAAUCCAACUACUCCAAUUGACACAAUAAGUAAAGAAAUAGGGGGUGCAAACUCAGACCCCAGACAUUGGGGUCUUUCUUCAGACAAAUCAGGAGAUGCUCAGUGGGAUAUUAAUAAACCACAGUGGGGUAAUCCAUCACCUAGUGAUCAGAGUGCUAGCAAUACUGAACUUUCUUUUGCACAAGCUACCCUUAAAGGUCUCAAAGCCCCGACUAGUAACCCAUCUAGCCAGAGCACUAUCAGUUUACGCCAAGAAGAAAUACUUAGAGCUAUUGAAAAUCAUGAAGGUUGGGGUUCUAGGCCGAUUCGUCAGGAUACAAGUUGGGAUGUAGAAACUUCACCAAAAUCACAUCGCAAAUUUUCCACUGACAGCACUGCAGGUGCUUCUAAUGUGUGGAACAAUAGCAAUGGUACAGCAAUAUGGGAGGCUGUUAGAGAAAACCAGGCAGGUAACUGGACUGGUGGAAACAGUAGUGGUAAUACAUGGAACGCUGAAAAAGAUCAACCCAAUUGGUCUGGGCCUCCUAAACCACCACAAGAGCCAACCUGGAAUGUUGGGAACGGUAAUGAUCCCAAAGCGUUUGGUACAUGGGGAGCUGCUGGAGCAGCAGGGGAUGCUUCAAAUAAAAUGUGGGGUCAGAAAACAGAAGUGGGUUCUUGGGGAGAAAGUCCUGGUAAUCAGCGCACAACUAGCAUAUCAUCAUGGGGUGACGAUGGCGAGACAGCUGGUUGGGAAGAUCCCCAGCGAAGAGUUGGAGGUAUGCAGGGAAUGGUUCCUCCAAGUCCAGGUUUGAGUGGUCCAGUUAGCAACAUACCUAGCAUGAUUCCUCAGGCAAUGCCUGGUCUUAAUGUCUCAGCUAUUGGAAGUGAAGUUGCACCAUGGAACGACGCUCAGAAACAAGGUUGGAAUCCUAAUGUUGGCAUGAACCGUACUAAGAUGGAUGAGCCAUGGAAUAAACCUCCACCAAGAUCGGGUUGGGGUGAUCCUCAACAGGAUAAUAAAGUGGAUGAUGGAACAAGCAUUUGGGCAGCUAAUGCUCCUAAACAGAUACCUCCGCAGGUUAAGCCGUCAGGUUGGCCAGAAGGAGCUCAAGGACAAUGGAAUGCUGUUGGAACCAAGCCUAAAGCACCUGCUGGCUGGGAUGAGACUUCUUGGGCACUUGCACAGCGAGCCAAGUCAGGAAGAUUACCAGAUGAUGUUUCUGCCAAUUCUGUUGAAGUUGGAUAUUGGAAUGGUUUACCCCAAGAUAAUAGUACUUGGAACGACCCAGCAGCUCUGAGGGGUGUAAGGAAAAUAACAGGCCAGCAAAUGCCACCAAAGUACGUAAGUGGUAAUAAUAAUCCUCCUAAUCAAAUGAGAGCCAAACUUCUUCAAGAACUAAUGGACAUGGGAUACCGGAGAGAGGAAGCUCAGAAUGCUCUCAUCGUAAAUAACCUGAAUUUAAAAUUGGCUUUAAAUUACUUGAAAACUACAAAUGGUGGAAUGUCAAGGAAAGAUCUUGACAUGGAUGUAUUCCAAUCUACUCCAUCUCAAUCAAGAUUACCCUACAUGCCUCAGGCUGGAAUGGGUUCAGAUGACUUACCAGAAAUGCGCCCAGAUCAAGUGCCUCCAUUUAACAGUUUGCAGAAUACUCAAUUUCCUACUUCCCAAGUACCAAAUCAACCUUUCAUGCAGAGCAGUUUGCAAACUUCUGGAUUAAAUGCCAGUACCAGUAUUAACUCAAGCUUACAACAAAAACUUAUGGUUCAGAAAAUGCAAGCCCCACCAACACCCACUCUUGGUCCCAGGGGUCAGAUUGCUCCUGUUGGAAGUAGCUCUAACAAUCAAGCGCCUCCUCAACAGCAGCAACAGCUUCUAGAUCAACAACAAAUUCUAGACCAACUCCGCCAAGCUGUAAAUAAUGGCUUCAUAUCACCCCAGUUACUUAAUUAUCAGUUGCCACACAAUAUAUUGGUUCUUUUGCAGCAGCUAUUGCAGUUGCAAUCAGCUUUACAACGCAUGGUGGCUAAACAUCAACAGUUAACACAACAAGCUAGAGCCACUGGCUCUCAUGGUAAUGCUCAAGUUGAGCAGAUGGCUGGGAUAAUAAAUAGCAUUAAACAACAAAUCAUAACUUUACAGAAACAACUUCAACAAGCUCAAAGCUCCCUUUUCAGCACUCAGAAGCCGCCAAACAUGUCUCACCCACCUGCCCCUACUAGUUUAUUAGCAUCUCAAACUGGUCAACAGCCUCCACUUAUUGAUAAUAAUUUAACAGAUUCUCUCACCUCAGAAUUAGCUAAUGUGAGCCUUCAGCCUCAGUCUCGUCUACAAACAAAGUGGCAAUCAUCAAAUGACCCUGCCUCUGAUGGAAAUAUUGGCUCAUCUUCCACAAAUGCUGGUGAUGAGAGCAGUGAUAUGAGAGCAACAAAAAGCUUACUCCAGUCAUCAUCAUCUCCUAAUCUUAAUCUGAUUCCAGGUGGACUUGGAAUGACCGGAGACAAAACAUGGUCCACCAACUUGUCCACUACAUCUUCAAAUUGGCCUUUGUCUUCCACUGACAGUAUAGGCACUAGCGCCCAGUCAGAUCUUAAAAUGUCCAGCACAAUUACUUCAGCAUCUUCCAUUUUGGCAGGAAUGCCUUCAGGUCUUACUGAUGUUAUUCCUGAAUUUAUUCCUGGCAAACCCUGGCAAGGUCUGACCAAGAAUGUUGAAGAUGAUCCUCAUGUGACACCAGGAAGUAUUCAGCUGCAACGUUCUUUAAGUGUCAACAGAGUACAUGAUGACUCUUUAAAUAAUCUAGAUGGUCACAAGCUAAACACAAGCAAUUCUUGGGGAUCUGGUUUCAAAAAUGAUACCAGCCUAGGGUUAAGUCAAUUAGGAAACCCUGGUAACCGUCCACCUCCUGUUAUGGUUCCUAAUAAAGCUGGAAACCAACAGUGGCAGUCUGGAGGGUUUAACAGACAAGCAUCUUGGCCACAUUCUGCUAGCUCAGCAUUUACCAAAGUUGGCCCAUCUAAUUGGAAUGACAGUCGUACUGGCAUUACUGCAUGGGUUGUCCUCAAGAAUAUUGGCUCAUCAAUUGACACUUCUACUGUACGUUCCCUUUGUGCACAGCAUGGAGCACUGACAAAUUUUUACCAUGUUGCUCAAGCCCAGCUAGCACUUGUUCAGUACAGCAGCAGAGAUUCUGCUCUAAAUGCUCAACAGCGUCUCAAUAAUUUUGCUAUGGGAUCUUCUACUAUAAUGGCCGAGUUGAUAAGUGAUGCAGAAGCCCAGCGCUAUGUGGCCCAGAUUCCACAUCCUCAGGCCAAUGUUUUGCCUCCAAUGAAUACAAGUCCAUGGUCUCAAGCACCUCCUUCAGCCCCAUAUCAAAGAGGAGAUCCUUGGGGCAAUUCCAUGCCUACUAGUCAGCCCUUAUCAAAAUACAGCACUGGUGGAGAACACUGGAAUCUGUGGGACAUAUCUGACCACAAUUCUAAUCCGAUACUCAAUAAUAUCUUAGGCAGUGAAUCAAUGUAAUUAGUUAGUGUAUUAAAAGCAAAACUUUCUUCUCUGUGACUGACUGUACAUGUUUCAAGCCACAAUGUAUGUUGUUAUAAUAUGUUCUAACUUAAAGUAUUUUCAAACUCUUGUGUGUUGUUGUAUAUGUAAACAUUAUGCCACAAUUUCAUGUGAUCUCUCAGUAAUAUACCAUAUUUGUAUGCGGGUUAGGUUAUAGUACAUAAGAAUUGUCACUCAUGUACUAACUAUUGGCUUACUAAGUGUUCCAAAGGUCCCAUUUUCUGGGCACCGCUUUAAUGCAAAUCUUGACAUGCUCAUUCUGAGAAGUCCACUAUCUCACCAAUGUAAUUCUUCUUUCUUGUAAGUUGUAUUGGUAUUCCUGGUUGAACACUAUGGAUUACCAAAUGAUGUCAAAGUGAGUACUUAGCAUCAAGGUUCCCAGUCUUUCAGAAUUCCUGUGGUCUUAUGUGGUGAUGGGAUGGCCACCCCUCAACAGUACUUGAUUCAAUAUUACAGCCUUUUUUUUUUUUUUUUUUUAUUAAAUGUUUUAAUAACAGAUUUUCAGAUUUAACCUACAUGCAUUCUGACUGUUAAUUAUAUUAUUAUUAUUAUUAUUAUUGUAAAACGAUGUAUAACUCAACAUAUGUGCGUGAUGUUUAUUUAAUGAAAAAAAAUUAUACCUGCCAUUUUAUGUCAAAACAUAACUAUGACUUAUUGCACUUGUGUGCUGUAUUUAAUUUGUAAUCAGCUAAUUUUUUUAAUGCUUUUUAUGGUCUGUUUUUAAAUUAUUUUUCUUUUAAAAGUUAUUCAUUAUUUAAAAAAAAAAAAAAAAAAAAAAAUUCUCAAAUGGCAGGAUGCCUGCAACCUGUGAUAAUUUGUCUCAACGUGUGCCUGUUCUGUUAAUAUGUCUGUAUGUAGUGAGACCAAUCUUCAUGCACACUUAGUGCAAGUGAUCCUGCUUCCAUUAGCUCUGACAAAUGAUGGCUUCAUUUCCACUACUUGUUAUAUGCAACAUUUUUUUUUUGUUGGAAUGUUAAGAGGUUAUUAUAAAUGGACCCUACUGCUGUCGAUUUUUAGAAAAAAUGUAACACAGAAUUGGUGUCUUCUUAAGAGGCCUUCAUUCUCAUUCACAUUCUCAAAUUAAAGUAUCACAUUAUAUUGGGCUUUUUUUUUUUUUCUACUCCCUUCAAAAAACAAAGAAAAAAAUGUACAUUGUAUAAACUAUACAAAUUCCAGAAAUGAUAUAAAUUAAAGAUCAGCCGUGAUAUUUUAACUUUGUGCAUAUCAUGAAUAUGAUGUAUUUGAUACAUGUCCUUUGUCUCAAUGAUUUGCCAUAUUUUUCUAUUUUCAAAUGAAGCUAAUCAAAGAUGUUUAUUCUCAAUAUAUUUUCACUCUGAAGAUGACAAUGCUGCUCUCUUUCUCUUUGUAAAAAUCUUCAACUAUUUGAUCACCAUGAAACCAAUAGGCUGACUUGAAUUGUACAACUUUGUUGAUUAUGCCUUUCCAUAUUUUUUGUCACAUUUGAUAUAUAACUUCUCUGAACUAGUAUUUGCGUAUAUUCCAAAGACUUGGUCAACUCUCAAUGCUUUUGUUGUUAAAUGCUCUCUGUUGUUUUAUGAACGUUGUCUGUUGUGUGCUCGGUAGAGCUCGGUGAUUGAUCCAUGCAGUGUUCCAUUGAGUAUUAAUAAUAGUCUUAACUUUUGUCUUUAACAUUAUUGCGGCACAUAUCCGUAACUUGCCUUCAUUUGUUGAUACUCGUUCACCACUAGAGAAUAAUUUUCCCAUUUCCCUUCCAAUAACUAUUUAUUUAUUUUUCUUAAAUGCAUCUUGUUGAGCCAAGAACAGGAAAUAUUGAUCACCCUGUUAUGAUCAUUUGUUUGUAUUCUUCCUUCAUUUCUUUGUAUAUUUGUCUCUAUUAAUGCUAGAUGUUUUUUUUUAUAUAACAGAAUCACUUUAAAGGUCUGAUUCAUAGUUGGACUAAAAAUAAUAAUGUAAAAACACAAACAAAAAAAAAUUGAAAAAGACAAAAAAAAUUGCAGUGAAACAUUGGUAGCCUAACACUAUUCUACCUCUGUGUGUACUGUAUGAACAUAUCAAUCAGGUCAGAAAUCCAGAAGUAUGUUUCUAGAGGUUCCCCAUUUUUAAAAGCAUUUGCUGCUUAGAGCUCAGCACUAAAUUGUUAUGAAAUCUGUAGAUUUAUGAACAAAUUUGUGAUUGAUCUAUUCCGCCCUAUGACUAUCUUAUCUGUCAUAAUUGCAUUGAUUUAACUUGUAUUGACACAAAACUUGUAGCUUUCUUUUAAGUCACACAUAAUAAGGGCAAUAAUCAGAUUUUAAAAAUGCAUUUUGUAAUAUUAAAGCCUUUCACUCCUAUUCUCAUUGUGAACAAAUGAAAAGUGUUAAUCCCAUCCAAGGAAUUAUGUUGUUGGUAUGCUUAAAUUUUAUUGGCAGGAAUGUAAACAAAAAUGUAUUGUGUAAUAUUUGAUGUAUAUGCUCAAUAAAUUAAUAGUGUCACAUUUGGUGCAAUGUUCUCUCCACCUAGCUAACCAUAACCUUUUUACAUAGCUGCUCCCAUUCUUAGCAUUGACUUUUUGUGUUGAAAUUUUGUUUCUAUGCAUGGUGCUGAUGUGCUCAUAUCUCUAUGAACUGUAAUUGCUAACGAAUUAUAAUACUUUUAUGUUGCAAAUGAUGGAACAUCAUUUUUUCAAAGUUUUAUUGGGUGUAUAAAUAUAAAUGGAAAAAAAAUCUAUUAAUUUAUUAAAGCCCUGAUCCUAGGAUACAGAAGUGUAAAUAAAUAUGUGCUAAAGUAUUACUGAAUUACCUUUUUUUUUUUUUAAUAGAAAGAAUUUUGUGUCAUGGUGAAAGUCUUAGUAAAGUUGAAAUACUUAAACAUUAGAGGUUUGCUGAGAAAUAAAUGGGACUUUCCUGAAUAAUUUUAGCUGAUGCUUCCUAUGACAAAUUAACAGAAUUGGCUGGCGGCCUCAUCGACCUAAUGUGCAAUCUGCCGUGCCUUCUUUAAUAGAGCAGUUAUAUUUGUAAUGUAUUGAAUUAUGCCAUAGAUGAAAGUUGCCUUUGCUAGUCAUACAGUUCAAUCUGAGCUAAUAAAACAAUAAUUUGAAUCCUUUAAAUGUGUAUUUUCAAAUUGAGUUAUCACAUAAUCCGUGUUUAGAUCUGUUUGGGACAUGUGCAAAUUUAGUACUGUAACGUGGAAACCAUUCAUUGAAAUGUUUAAAGGAAGGAGUUAAGCAAGCUGUCAGUUAUUCCCUUUCCUAAUAUUGAGCUGAUAGAUCAAAACCACCAAAUAUUUCUUUACUGUGAUGGUGUUACAUUUUUGCUAACCUUCUAAACUUUUGUGCAUUCCAAAAUGUUUUUCUUAAUCACCAGAAGUAUAAUCAUAUCCUUCUUUCUCUUAAGGUCAGUAUUGCUCAGUCCUGGUUCUGUGACACCCUGUAAUAAAUCUAUAGCAUUUGAAGACCAUGACAUUUCAUGUUUCCUAUUUAUCAAGAGAUCUUGUCACCAUUCCUUCCUGCAGUAUUAUUCACUGUUUUAGGUCAUUCUUGUAUUGUCACUACUGAAGACAUGUUGAAACGUGGCUUAAUAACUAUAACACUGCUGUCCCAUACAAUUUCUUGUCAAUUGCUGGGACGGUUCCACUAUAAAAUAAACGGAGUGUCAUUUUCUUUUUUUGUUUAAACUAUAGCUGCUGUUUAUGCUGGGAUAAGUCCCAUUACAGAUUAUUGUCUUAAUACUUAUGUUACAUAACUUCAUUGUAUUACACAUUAUGAUGGCCCAAAAGCAUGUCGUAGUCAUAUCUCAUUACAAUACACAACAGUGAUUAUCAAAAUAACAUUUGGCAGCCAAUUUGAUAUUUUUCUGGACAUUUUUUUUUUCAUAUUAAAGAAUGUAUACUGUUUAUGUAAUUUUUUUUUUGUUUCCUAUUGCUUGAUGACGAAUGCUUUGUAUAUAAAUAUAUAUAUAUAUAUAUACAUACAUAUAUAUUCUAAUGUUAUGUUAAAGCUUCAGAAGCAAAAUGAAUAACUGUGAAUAGGUUUAACUUAUUAACUAGAUUGCAUUUUAACUUUCUUUUUGUAUUGGAUAAAUUUUGUGGGUUUUUUUUUUUUUUUUUUUUUUGUGAUGCUUUAAAAUUAUUUUUAUGAUAAAUUUGGUAGAACGUUACCUAUUUAUUUUGUUCAUUUACUUAAUCUUUGUAAAAUGGCUCUUCUAAAGUAACCACUGGUCAAGUCUUAUGGAUGUAACUUGUUAACCUUGGUUUAACUUUGCAUUUGCCACUAUGUAUUGUGUAAAAACCACCAAGGGCCAAUGGUAAUGUCAUGUUUGUCUUUUUUGUCAUUGUUCUCUUGUAAUUAGAUGAUUGAUUUUGUUUGCUAUGUAACAUGUUAGUUCAACUCUUUAAUCUACUGAAAUGUGUAGAGCAUUAGGUGAUAUCCCACCCAUACAAUCUUUGCCUUUUAUUUAUGCUCAUUGCCAGAUGUACCAAAUUGUAAGAACUUGAUUGCUUUAUGACUUUUUUUUUAUCUGAUGGGUUAUGCAAUAACAAAAUCCACACAUCUUUCAAAUUAGUUGAUACUCAUGACUUAGUUGAACAUGUAACUACUAGUCUUUUGCCAAGCCAAAAUGUCUGUUUUUUUUUUUUUUUUUCUCCCCCCAUUCAACGAUAAACCUCUAGGGUGCCAUUACUAUGUAGUCUGGUUGCUGAGUGGACUUGUGUGUUCUCUUCUGGAAGGAGAAACAUGUUUGUGUUGCUCUUACUUGGAAAGAUGAUAGGGUAAUUUUUAGCUGUUAAUUCUACACAGGCUUAUUUAUUAAAUUCUUAAUUUAGGCUGAGAACUGUGCUAUACAAUGAAUAGAGCAAUGUAUUUGAAGCAAAACCCAGGCAUACUUACAUUGUCAUUUCUGUUAGUGUAAUUCUUGUCUUGGUAUUGUUGCUAGCUGGAGUGACCAGAUAAUGUACAAAAUAUGGCUUGGCACAUUCAGACACAGCAUUUAGAACAAGUCUUUUUUUUUUUUUUUGCUGUGAGAUAAAUAGGCCCUUAUGUGCCUUUAAAUAUGCUACUAAAUAAUGUAUUAAAAAAAAAUUAAAAAAUCAAUAAAAAAAAAUCUGGAUAGCCAUGUGUUAACCAUAAAGACCAGUUUUGAGUGUGUGAAAAAUAUCAUUCCUACUUGCUAAUGUUGUAAAUAAUUUAUGUUUCAUACUAUAAUUGUUUUUUUUUUUUCAUUUGAAUAAUGCACCUCUUGUAGUUUAUUUGUAUUUGAUUUGAUCUAUAAUAAUUAAGUCAAUAUACACUUGUAUUCUUGCAUUUCUGUGUGCUGCUCUUUUUCAUCCUUUGUGAAGUAUUAAACAAAACCCUAAAGAUUCGCACAAUCUUCAUAUUUUUUAAGACACAGUAGUCAUGUUUAUAGAUUUUGUUCCCCAAAGGUUUGUGAAUUUCCAGAAGAAAUGGAAUGAGAAAAUUAUUGCUAUGUCUCAAUGUCACAUUAAUAGAACUUGUCAAAAUAAUGUCUGAGCUUUAAGUAGUCACUGGAGGAGGUAAAAUAAUUUGCAUUAUUUCUAAGGUCAUGGACACAACCCAAUCUCAAGACAACACCAAACCUAUUUUCAAUAUUUUUGUACUUGUUCACAUUUAAUACCAUGCAAAUGUUCUCCCAGGUUACUGCAUACAACAAUUCAUUGACACAAUUUAAAUUAAAUAUGUACAUUAAAGUGGAGAAACAAUUUUGUGGAAAUUUAGGUAAUUUUUAGUGUUUUUAUGAUUAUGAUUCUACAAUAUUAAUGUAUUUCAGUAAGCCUGGGUUAAUGUUGGCAGUUUGGUCCGCAACCUGGCUUAGUAUUAAACUGUAAACAAUUCCAAAGUCAACAUAUGGCAGCAUUGUCGUCUGCAAUUACUCAGUCUAGUCGUGAAUUCCCUUACGUAAACAUUUCUGUGUAUUUAAAGGACUUGAUAUAUGUUGACAGCUGUUUUCCUCAGCCAUGUAUCUCAACUGCCAUUGUCAUCUCAUCUCCCCCACCCUUUGUUUUAUUCAAAAUAAGUACCUAUAAUAAACUAGACAUAAAAAAAAAUAGAAUCUCUAGACAUCAUUUUUUCUUUUUAUACAUUAUGUAGGUUUUCCAUUAAUGGAUUUGUAUGUUAAAAGAAAAGCUUUGAAAAAGUAAUACCACUCUUAAAGCAAUGAAUCAAAAAUUGAAACAACUAUUCUAAAAUUGUAUGAUAGCAUUGUUCUUUAGUUUCAACUUGUAAUUCUACCAUAUUUAUAGCAGUUGUGCAAUGACAUCACUUUGAACUAAGUGGCACUUAAACAUGUACUUGAUGUGUGUCAAUGUGUGAUUAUUGAAAGUGAACUCUAUACAAUCUCUCAUGCCACUCUACACAGUUUCAUAUUUGUGGUGCAAUAAUUGUAUACUUAUGUCAUUACUUGUGUUUGCCAGUAGUCAUGAAUGAUAUGGCAUAUGUCAAAAAAAAAAAAAAAAAAAAAACAAUAAUAAUACUGAUAUUUGAUUUCUUUGUAAAUUAUCUCCUUCAAUCACAUGAUAAAAUAAAGUAUUUGCUAUGAUUGUGUUGUACCAUACAAAUAUGUUUGAAUUUCUAGUGAUAUUGUCAAGUUUGGAUGUAGUUCACAUGACAUUGGUCAUUUCCUAGGGUUAACAUAUCAAAACUUGGCUUCAAUGACAAAAAUUCACAUCAAAAGAAACAAAAGCGCACACAGCAGUAUUGUUUGGCUGCUGUUGCUGCAUCCUUCACAAAGAUGUGAUACUUAAGGGGAAGGGAGGAGGAUGUACACACAUUUGGACAUAUCUUCCAGCUAGUGCUGUAGCAAUGUUUUGUUUCAAUAAAAACAAAAACCUAAGUGCCACAUCUUUUCAAAUCACUGUUCUUGGCAUUCCCACUAAAACAAGAACAUUUUUUAAAAAAAUUAUGGUAAAUCUUUCCCAUUCAUGCAUUUGUGUACUGUUCAAUCAACUAAAGGCACAUUGCUUCCAUCAUGCGUUUUGAUCUCAGGAAAGUUUCUUUGUCUCUUCUUUAUUCGAAUAUUUUGUUAAAAAUUCCAACCGGUUAGAUAUUGUAGACAAAAUGUUUCAGGGCUAUUAGAACAACCAGAUGAACCAAUUUCCCCCCCCCCCCCCCUGGUUGUUAUAAGUAGUGGUAGGCUAUGUUAAUAACUCUUUUAGAACUAGUCAAGGAGAACAAGUUUUCUCUGUCUACUUUGUAACCUACACCUUUAAAAAAAAAACAAUAUUAUUAUGCUUGUCUGUAUAAUUGAAUUGUGUUUUUGACUUAACAUACACAAGAUAUUUAUAAGUAAUGGCUGAGCCAAGUUUAUUUAAGUUAGUAAGAUUUGUUGUUAAGUGAAAUGCUUACUGUUUGGAAAACAACAAAAAUUAACUGUCAUAAAGCCUAACACAUUAUCAUUCAAGGAAACGUUUAUUUCAUUAUUAAUGCUUUUGUACUUAUAAUAUAUAGAAUUAGAAUGGUAAUUUUAAUAAACAAUCAUUGCUGUUUGUCAAACAAUUAUUUGAACAUUUUGUGUUAAUUAUAGUUGUUUUUAAAAAAGUACUAGACUUGUGUACUGAUUUAGACUACAACUAGUUAGCAAGUAGGCAAUGAGCUAAUGGAAUCUGUUCAUCCCUUAAAGACUCUAUUUCUAUUGGCAAGUAGUUUUGUUUUAAAAUGUAUUUAUCUUUACAGUUUUGUCUGUGAUGGGUUUGAUAAAUGCAUAAGUUCUUAGAUUCAACUUAACAUUGCUCACUUUUUUUUUUUGAAAGACCUAAUCAUAAUGAAUGGCAUUCAUUUCGCCCACAUUAACGCCAGUAGCAACAGUUCCAUAGAAAGUUUGCCAGAAGCAUGCAUAAUGAAAUUGUUCCCCCCCAGGUGAUAUUUGUGUGUUGAUGGAUGUGCUGGAGUUGGUUGUUAUAUAAUGCUCAUCUGGUUCUUGUACAGUUAGUGUUGUGUUGUGCACUUAUCUCCAAAUGUUUAGCUGAAAAAAAAAAACCCAACAAAACCUUUGGAUCAGACCAGUACCUGUAUAUUUUACUUAAAUGAGUGAGGGGACUAGGGUGGGCUUGCUGAGCCCCUUUUACUAAGUUAGGAUGGGGCAGCUCGCACCAGUGGUAUUCAUUGGAUUGGUUAUCCCUUAUGUCAUGACAUGUAUAUUGUGCUCGUAGCUUGCUUUGAAUAUAAAUUCCAAAAUAAAAGUCUUUAUUCAU